AUGUCGAGCAGGGCCUUGGCAGUGAAGGCAUCCAAGAUCUCUGGGGUGUCCAGCUCCGGCACGAAGAGCCGGAGAACCACCACCCGAAAAGGAACCAACGACUCUGGUUUUGGAGACGGGUCAAAAGCCUCCAGCUCAGUCGAGGACUACCAUGUGAAUCGCGAAGGCCACAAUGCCUCCGACAAGUUCAUUGUGGGUGUCAUCGGUGCGACAUUGAUGAUCGUCCAGGUAGUGGUGCUUAUUGCUGGCCUAACCUCAUGGCUAAAAGUUGUGAACACAGAGCUUGUUGAAGAGCUUCGAAAAGCUGGCAUCGACAAUGCUUGA